UUCCUUCAGAGGCUCACUGCCGUAGGAACGGUUGCUCCAAAGCCUGGAAACAAUGAGCAGAACGCUAAAGUGAAUGGGGGGCCUCUUUGCCCCACUAAGAGUUGGCAAAAGUGGGAGGGGUUGAUGCCUGAGGCGUUCAUAAAUUCUCCGCCAAAUCGAAUUUUUAUCACUUCCCUCCCACCCUGCUCUGGUCUCUCUUCUCCGUCCACCACCAAUUCUAAACAAUCCACAACCAAGAUACCAAACGGCCAUUUAGAUUCAGUUGUUCUCAGUGUUCCAACUGAGACUCUCGAAUCUAUCUUCUUUUUAUAAGGAGACUCCAGCUUCAAAAGCACUUCGCAACACUCUCCGAGUCGUCUGCGGAUUUUUUUUCUCGCUACCCCACCAUCUUUUUCUGAUUUCUAGAUCUAAGCAGCGCUUGGAUCUGGAAAUUUUUGCCAACUCAACACCGCAAUCAUGGCUGACAAGGGUCUCGAGGACGUCCCCGAGGGACAGAUCGAGUCUAACUACGAUGAGACCGUCGACUCUUUCGAUGAGAUGAACCUCAAGUCGGAGCUGCUCCGCGGUAUCUAUGCCUACGGUUUCGAGCGCCCCUCUGCUAUUCAGCAGCGUGCUAUCAUGCCCGUCAUCAAGGGCCAUGAUGUUAUCGCCCAGGCUCAGUCUGGUACUGGCAAGACUGCCACCUUCUCUAUCUCGGUCCUCCAGAAGAUCGACACCUCCCUCAAGCAGUGCCAGGCCCUCAUUCUCGCCCCCACCCGUGAGUUGGCCCAGCAGAUUCAGAAGGUCGUUGUCGCCAUUGGCGACUUCAUGAACAUUGAGUGCCACGCCUGCAUUGGUGGUACCAGCGUCCGAGACGAUAUGAAGGCUCUUGGCGAGGGCCCCCAGGUGGUUGUCGGUACCCCCGGUCGUGUCCACGACAUGAUUCAGCGUCGUUUCCUUAAGACGGACUCCAUGAAGAUGUUUGUCCUCGACGAGGCCGAUGAGAUGUUGUCUCGUGGUUUCACCGAGCAGAUCUACGACAUCUUCCAGCUCCUUCCCCAGAGCACCCAGGUCGUCCUUCUCUCGGCCACCAUGCCCCAGGACGUCCUUGAGGUCACCACCAAGUUCAUGCGCGACCCCGUCCGCAUCUUGGUCAAGAAGGACGAGCUUACCCUUGAAGGUAUCAAGCAGUUCUACAUCGCCGUCGAGAAGGAGGAGUGGAAGCUCGAUACCCUCUCCGAUUUGUAUGAGACUGUCACCAUCACCCAGGCCGUCAUCUUCUGCAACACCCGCCGCAAGGUCGACUGGCUUACCGACAAGCUCACUGCCCGUGAUUUCACCGUCUCGGCCAUGCACGGUGACAUGGACCAGGCCCAGCGUGACCUCAUCAUGAAGGAGUUCCGCUCCGGCUCCUCUCGUGUCCUCAUCGCCACUGACCUUUUGGCCCGUGGUAUUGAUGUCCAGCAGGUUUCCCUGGUCAUCAACUACGAUCUCCCCGCCAACCGUGAGAACUACAUUCAUCGCAUUGGUCGUGGUGGUCGUUUCGGUCGCAAGGGUGUUGCGAUCAACUUUGUCACUGCUGAUGAUGUCCGCAUGAUGCGCGAGAUUGAGCAGUUCUACAGCACCCAGAUUGAGGAGAUGCCGAUGAACGUGGCCGACCUCAUCUAAACAGCACACAUCUGUACGACGUUCCUGGACCGUUUUUCUCUGUUCUUACGGCAUACCUGGUCACGUUCUGCGCAUCGGCAUUGAGAUACACUGAAGAGCAGCGUGAUUGCGUUCGUCUGGUAGGUAGGGAGGAGGGAAUCUGCUUUAUCGCUCGGGAAUUUUUUUAUUUUAGUUUUUUUGCCAAAGGCCUGGGCAUCUGGGGGUGGGUUUCCGUUACCCAUAAAAGCGUUGAUAGGAGGGAUAGGCUGAGAGCAUCUGCACCGUAAUCUGUUUGGAUGGUGCGAGGUGCUUUAGGACGGAUAGUGCCUAUCAAUGAAGGCUGGUUUUCUUUUAUCUGCGUUGUCUUUGGCUUGUUUCACGGUGUUAUGUGUAUCCAGGGAUGUUACCAAAAAUUCAACGUAGACCGAACCCAGAAGAAGAAGAGACGAGGAAGGGCUGUUCGAUCUGUGACUAUUUAUGGUGACUGAUGAUGUGAGCUUGCUGGAGCUGUUUCUA